UGCCGCACUGGGCUCCGGUUUAGUGUCUGUAAUCAUGGCCGACAAAGAUUGGAAAGAGUGUAUCAAAAGUCUGAAAGGGGUUGUGUUAGAUAUGUGCGGUGUUUUGUAUGACAGUGGAGAAGGAGGUGGUAUUCCCAUUCCUGGCUCGGUAGAAGCAGUUAAAAGGAUCAAGGCUUCGGACCUGCAGCUUCGGUUCUGCACCAACGAGACCCAGGCCACGCGGGAGAAGUUUGUGGCCAAGCUGAAGAGGAUGGGCUUCGACAUCCAGGUCAGCGAGGUGUUCUCCCCUGCGCCCGCCGCCCUGGCCGUGCUUAAGGAGAGGAACCUUCGGCCUCACCUGCUGGUGCACAACGAUUUGUUGCCAGAGUUCAAGGACAUUGAUAAUACGAACCCGAACUGUGUGGUCAUUGGAGACGCAGCGGACAAGUUUUCCUAUCAGAACCUGAACGAUGCCUUCCGGGUCCUCAUUCAGCUGGAGAAGCCUGUGCUCUUUUCUCUGGGCAGGGGGCGCUACUACAAAGAGACGGAUGGACUGAAGCUGGACGUUGGGGUGUACAUGAAGGCCCUGGAGUAUGCCUGUGACGUGGAGGCGGAGGUAGUGGGGAAGCCAGCCCCAAUGUUUUUCCAGAGCGUUCUGACGGACAUGGGCAUCCAGCCGCAGGAGGCGCUGAUGAUCGGAGACGAUCUGAUCAAUGAUGUGGGCGGGGCCCAGAACUGCGGGAUGAGAGGGCUUCAAGUGAGGACGGGGAAGUACAGACGGCGAGCAAACGCUCGUAACUCACUCGUCCUGAGGGCUGCGUCGUCCUGGCGAGCUGAACUGGGUCCCGCCCUCUUCUGCCGCCGCGGGCGAAAGGAGCGUUUCUGCUGGCGAGGUCGAAGACGUGCCGCGGCCCCCCGGCCUGUCCCAGAGCCCGGGUUCAGGGGGUUCAAGGGGGUCGAGCGGGAGUAGGCAUUUUGGCUACGCGGUCAGAUCGAUUUAUCCAGCUGCCAAAAGGCCUAUUUCGGUCUCGCGGAAUUGGCAUUGACAGUCCCUGCCCCCGAAAAUCAAUUUAAUCAGGUCAGGAAUCGACCCCCCCGGCCCCGGCGCAUUGUGGCGCUCGCUCCGGGCAUGCUGGGUUAGCGUCGCCCGCCGCGACGGGAUUGGAUCUUCCCGCUUUAAAGACACGGGAAGGAUUCCCGGGUAAACAGGCCACGGACAUUCCCGAACAGCCGUCGCAGAAUGGCAGAUGGAAGCCCAGGCCUGUCUCUCACCUCUGCCUGCUCUCCGCUGGAAUGUUCCGUGAAGUGAGUCACUGACUGAGAGAACAAUGAUGACAUCCUUCCAAAGAUGACUCGGGCCAUUUCGUUUUGAUAUUAAAAAAACAAAACCUCAGUUGUCAGCCCUUUAGAAGGCCAAGAAUCACACUGUGACCUGUAUCUGUGAGACCGUCAGAAAUAUGCGUUUACAGUGGUGUCAUUUUAUCUAAGACACAUGGAAAAAAAGGACUCUGCUUUAAAAAAUGAAAACCAUAUCUAAUCAUUUGGUUUUAUUUUUUGGUUUUUAAAUUUACCUUUGUUUAACUUGGUAGGUCAGCUGACGACCCUGGCUGGGAUUCAAUCGACUUUUGCCCUUCGACUAACAAUCAAAUUCAAGAAGUAUUUGCUUUUCUUCGCAUCGUUUGGCGAGUUCAACGAUCGCUAAAAUAAACCUGCCAAACUGAAUUUGUAAGGGUUGAAUUGCCGUGCUCAAUGCACCACUAGUUUCAAGCCUUUAUUUACGAGGCAUUUUCUAGAACAUUCGUCCGAACGCUCCUUUUGUUAUUUUCACUGACCCACUUUGGCACCUGUUAGGCUGCUGUCGUUUGUGGAGCAGAGGAGGCACAUCUGUAGAAGGUGUAGACGAGGCCCUGCUGGUGUGCAGAGCUCUUGCAGGUGUGCCCGCUCCGUUUUUGGCAGAACACUGGCACCUCUCACCACCCCAGGGUACCCAGAGCCCCGACAGGGCCUUCUCCGAAAGCAGGCUGCUCUUUAUCAACUUUAUAACGUUAAUUAUUUACGCGUCCUUUUAGCCGGGGAGGACAAAGAGCCUUACAGUGUGACAAUGAGCCGGCUUUAUCCUGCCUUACCCAAGCCCCUGGUAUGGUACUUUUCCACUCCAGGGAGCUGUGUGUGUGCGUGUGUGUGUGUGGGUGUGUGACUUGCCCUGGUUCGCAGAUGGCAGGCUGUAACGUCCCUCUUACCCUUAAACACACAUGCGUAAAGCCCAGAGCCAGGCUCCAGCCUCUUUCCCGAAAGCAGGGGCCAGGUUUUUAAACAGAGGCGCAGACACAAGCAUUAGCCCGGCUCACAAUAGGGCCUUUUCUCUGACUGCCUCCCCCCCUGGCCACAUGGUCUGUAUCAGAAGCAAACACACGCACACACUCAUGCACACACAGACACGCGGACUCGCACACACACUCCUAUACACACACA